AUGUUGCAGUUGAGAAAUGAGUCGCUGGCCGGCCGCGGCCUGAAUUUUGAUGCAGACACCGAUCCUAGGAUUGGCUCCAAUCGCAAUGUGUCUAUGCAGGGAGAUAUCCUCGGCUUCCUCCCACUGGUGGGAACACUUGUUCUCGUGAGCAUAUACUGCAUAGAUGGUAAAAUCGUCUGUGCCGUCGUACAUGGGCUAAGCGUCUACAGAAGGCUGAGUCCAUCAUUGCCCGAAGGAGUCUUGAAUUGGAUCAAACCAUUCUUCGAGAUCCCGGAUACCUUCAUCCUGAAUCAUUGCUCAUUGGAUGGGUUCCUCUUCUUACGGUAUCUCAAAGUUCUGCGCAGCCUAUUCCUUGUCGGUUGCUGCAUAUCGUGGCCAAUCUUGCUCCCCGUACACAUCACUGGAGGAAGGGGACUGAAGGGAUUGGACCUCUUAACGAUUGGCAAUAUCGAGGAUAAUCGUAAAUUCUAUGCACACGUGGUUGUGGCCAUAUCAUGGUUCAGUCUCACCAUUCUAGUGAUUGCGCGAGAAAGUCUUUACUACGUUAACCUGCGGAUAGCAUAUGCCUCAUCGCCAUUCUACGCCCAUCAGCUUUCAUCCAGAACUAUUCUUCUGACCCAUGUUCCCGAACGAUACCGUAACGAGUCUUGUCUUCGAAGACUGUUUGGCAAUUCCGUCAACCGCGUUUGGAUCCCCAAGACGUCCAAAACCCUUACUAAACUCCUUAAUCAGAGGAAAGAAGUUGCUUCAAAGUUAGAGGAGGCUGAGGUUGAGCUAAUUGUAAAGUCAAACAAAGCACACAACAAAGGUUCCAACCUCGAACCCCCAAUUCCACCGCGAACAGCACCAUCUAUAGAUCCAACAACCAAUAGUGCUACUGAAAAUUGCCCUGGGAGGCAGAAUCACCAAUCGCCGAGUAUUGAAGAGCCAGAUACAGGGACGCAGAUUCAUAAGGGGUUCCGACCACGCCAUCGCCUUUGGCGUCAAUUUGGACGCAAAGUCGACACCAUCAGCUGGGCCCGCUGUCAGAUCAAAUCUCUCAACACUCGAAUAUUCAAGUUGCGUCGCCAGCUUCGUCAAACACAUAUGUCUACCUUUCCGGCUGCAUUUGUCGAGUUUGAUAACCAGGAGAGCGCACAUGCUGCGCAUCAAUCUCUCGCUCACCAUCAACCAACACAACUAGUUCGUCACCUUGGUAUACGGCCAAACGAUAUACUGUGGCAGUCUCUUAGGAUAGACUGGCGAGAGCGUAUUAUCCGACAAUUUUUCGUUUGUGGUUCGAUUGUCGCUGCUAUAAUCCUUUGGUCCUUCCCAACCGCAGCCAUUGGCGUGAUAUCAAACGUGGAGCUCCUAAGUGAGAAUAUGCCCUUUUUGCAUUGGAUAAGACAGAUGCCUCAACGCCUACUUCGGUUGCUUCAAGGAUUUGUGCCUGCCCUAGUCCUGACACUUUGGAUAGCAGUUGUUCCCGCUCUACUACGAUGUAAGACCUCUUUUACUUCCACCUUCCUCCUCCUUUGUGUAAUUCUAACUGCCCAUCAAGUUUGCGCGGUCCAAGCCGGCUCGGUAUCACUAAGCAUGAUGGAGCUGUUCACGCAAAAGUCUUAUUUCGCCUUCCUUGUCGUGCAGGUAUUCCUCAUCACGUCGUUCUCAUCAACAGUAUUAUUAAUGUUGCCAAAUGUACUUUCAGAACCGCUCAAAAUCCCGGAUAUUCUCGCGAACAAUAUCCCAAGAGCCUCGGACUUCUUUCUUUCGUUCAUUUUAAUUCAAUGUCUCGCUGACGGUGCUUCAAAUAUCUUCCCGAUUGUCGAUCUAUGCCGGCACCAUGUCUUAGGCCAGAAGACCCGUACACCAAGGCUGCAAUAUCGGGUCUGGAGGAGAAUGAGACGAGUGCACUGGGGCACCGUCUUUCCUAGAAUCUCUAAUAUGGGAGUCAUUACGCUUUGUUACGCUGGAAUUGCUCCUAUCAUUCUCAUCUUUGCAGUUGGCGGCGUAUUCUUCCUGCAAAUAAUCUAUCGCUACAAUGUUAUCUACGUGGUGGAUUGCGAUCUGACUAGUACCGGAUUAUUCUACCCCCAGGCAUUGUUGCAUCUUUUAAUCGGGCUUUACCUGGCUGAGUUAUGCCUUGUUGGGAUAUUCAUUCUAAAUUCUGCUUUUGUUCCAAUGGCUUUGAUGAUCUUGUUGAUUAUCCUCACGGCCCUCGUGCAUCUCGAACUGAGCAAAGCCAUCAAUCCGCUGCUACAUAAUCUUCCUCAAUGUUUGUGGAGUGAGGAAAGGGACACACCAGGGGAAGAGGAAAAUAUGUUCCGGGACUCAACGUGCAGCGCAAGAAGGCCUAGCAAUGUGGCUACAGUAGAACAAGCAGGAGAGAGUGGGAAGCAAGAUUGCGUCGAAGUUAAUACAGACAAUGGAGAGCAGAGCUUUGCCAUGCCGUCUUUCCUUCGGCACCUGAUGAAGCAACUCUUCGGCCCCCAAAGGUCAGUCGCUGAUUUACGUCAUGAGAUUCUGUCUCUCUAUGAGACCAUAUACUCAGAUGCCUUUCAGCCAUACGAGUACCCGACCAAAGGAACGGCGCAGGCUUAUCUGCCGCCAGAAGUAUGGCUUUCAAAACCAACAUUAUGGAUUCCACGAGACGGGAUGGGCUUCAGCCUACAGGAGAUUGCCCAAACGAAAAGAUACAUGCCAAUAACGGAUUUCGGGGCUAGCUUGGGUGAGAAUGGGGAAAUUGUGACAAACUUUGACGAUGUGCCUAUCGAUGAAGCAAAAUUGAGUGGAACACGUUGGGAGGCCAUAGAGAGUGCGGUACCGUCGUUAAUAAGCCCAAGCGAAUUAGGUUUAUAA